GCCUAUACUCACAUACAACCCGUCAAUAAUGAUACGCAGUCCAGUUUCCCGAAGUCAGUUGCUGGCUUCUGCUUUCGCGACACGACGAUCCACAGCAAUUCGCAAACUCUCAGGCUCCCCUCAAACGAACAAUGCCCAGCCUGAAGCCCCGAGCUCCAAGCCGAAACCUCACGACAUCGACCCCCGAUGGCUUACAAUGACGAAACGGCGCGUUGGGAGAUGCAUGAUGUUUGGAUUGAAGCCACGUCAGGUGCAGGAGGCUGGGGAUAUUGUGCAGCAAAUCGCCAGGGACUGGCGCGAGCUGAUUGCCGGUAGUGAGGGAUACUUGACGGAUGCUACAAGGAGGGGAUUGUUCAGGCAGAGGGUUGCGUGGGGUGAGAUGCAUGGACAUGUCAACAACGUCACAUACGUCCGCUACGCCGAGACCGCACGCGUAUACUUCACCCACAACUUCGCCCUACAUAUUGACCCAGCACAUAAGACCGAAUGGAUGAACCUCGUCAGCAACAAAGGACUAGGCAUUAUUCUCCGUAGUAUCAAGAUUGACUACAAAUUCCCCAUGCAAUACCCCGACAAGGUGACUGUCUACCAUAAACUCGUACACGACCCCUCAGCUUCGCACUCGUCGCAGUUUGCCUUCCAUCUUCAAGCUAUGAUCCUUUCUGAAGCGCGCCAGCGCCCUGCCGCCCGCGUCCAUGAGGAUCUCGUCACGUACGAUUACAAAAUAGGUAAGAAGGCAGCUAUCCCACCGUGGCUUAUGAAGCAGCUCAAGGACACUUGGGAGCUUCAAGAACAAGCGAAGAGGCACUGGCAGCAGCGGAUCUUGGAUAUCGAGGCGAGAGUGAGAAAGUUGGAGGUUGAGAGCUGGGAUCGGGAGGAUGCUGUUGAGGAUAUGGGGUCUGCGAAGAACUAG